AUGGGCCCUCCGCCAAGUCGUCGCCAAACACGUGUCUCCGCCGGAGCCGAGCGGGGGGGGGAAGAGCCGCUUUCGGCUCGUUGCGAUGCACCCGCUCCACCGGGUUACGCUGCGAUUGCCUCUGCGCUACGGCCUCUCCAGAGUGCUUUGUCUUUCCUUGAGAUUCAGCAAUCAGAAAGGCAACAAGCUGCUGGGUUUGAAAGACCCUCGACGGCGCAGUAUGCCGCGCAAGGCGAGCGAUUCCCCCCUUCAGGAAGCGACGCUAUCCACCGACUGGGCAGCGCGGGCUCUGCCAGGAGGGAAGACGCGGAUUCUGCUUUUCAGCGCUCCAUGCGAAGCGCGCCGGCAGAUCGGAGUGCGACUGAGCUGGAGGACACGGGCGGAGACACCUGGGGGUCCGCCACAAGUGGUGCCGACGAGGGAGCGUGUCAGGUGCGCCCCGGGCAGGGGGACGAGCGAGUCGAGCAGGGUCACGGGGCGGGGCGUGAGGCUGCUUCGGGAGGCUACCCAGGUCUAGCAGGGGCGCAGGUGACUGGGGCUGCCGGCCUCCAGCCGCAUGCGCCCGCCGGGCGGCCGCUCCAGACCGACCUCUCUGGAGAGGGGCUCCGCCUCGCCAGUGCUCACGACGCCCCGCCCGGGCCUCCCACCGCGACCCCUCCUCUUUACGCGCGAGGGGUCGCGUCUCCGGAGCUUCGAUUCCCCGUCUAUCCGAAGGUCUGCCAUCCGCCGUGCGGUCGCCAGUCGGCGGCGGCUGUGAACGCUUCGGCGAACUCUGGGGGCCCUCUGCUGCCUCUUGCCGAGCAGGCGGGCAGCGCACACGCUCGCUUCGUUCUGCCGCCGGAGCCGCGCUCGCCGCAUGAGCCGCGCUCGCCGCAUGAGCCGCGCUCGCCGCAUGAGCCGCGCUCGCCGCAUGAGCCGCGCUCGCCGCAUGAGCCGCGCUCGCCGCAUGAGCCGCGCUCGCCGCAUGAGCCGCGCCCGCCGCCGCUGCCGCUGCGGCCUCCGCCCGGGUCGACUGCUUCCCCGUCGCUCGUGCCGGCGGUGGCGGAUGGAGCCGGUGGAGACUCGGCGCCGGGAGAAAUGGUUCUCUGUCAAGGAGGCUCCCUGUGUCCCCGGCUGCGAAUGGAUUACACACAGGCGCUCGGUCCGGUUCCCCGGCUGGACCGAAGCGGCGGACAGCCGAGCGAGAGGCUGGAGAGACGACCGGCCAUGGCGACUCAUGUGUGUGAGCCGCGGCCUGGUGCCGCGUCUUCUGCCGGCACCGGGUGUCCCACUCGCUCGUUCUCAUGGUCCGCGGGCCCCGAGCAUUUGAGGGCCUCUGCCGGGCGUUCCCCGAUCUGCCCGCCGCCGUCUCACCUUGCCUCCCCUUGUGCACAAGAGGCCCAGGCCCCCCACGGCGCGCCUUCCGCUGUGCCGCCAAGCGCCUACUAUCCACCUCCACCUUACUCGCCUGCGCAGACGGCCGCCCCGAACGGCUUCAUGUGUGCAGGCCCCGUGGGGUGUGUCCAGGGGAGCCAGGGAGAGCGAAGGUGGCUGUCAGACGGGUCGCACCACGUGGACUCGCGCGCGGUGAUGCAUGCGCCGGAGGCCGGCUAUGGGCCCCCUGCGUGCCGUUUCCCCGGCGGCGGCGCAGGAUUUUACUCAAACGCGCUGGGGCCGGGCAGCGGCGUCUUGUUUGCCGUGAUGAACUCUUCAGCUACGCACCCGUCUUCUGCCGCCUUCGGGCAACGGCACCCCGGGAGCAUGCAUCCUAGAGGCGAUAGCGGCGUCAGCCUCGUGGCGCCGCCCGACCAGGGGAGACAUCAUCUAGUUCGUCAAUCUUUCUUUCUUUCGGAGGGGCACGGCGGCGAGCCUCCAGAGGCAGCCUGUCCCGGGAUGCUGGGCGCGUCUUCUCUUCACGCGCCCUGUGUGGCGCUACCCGCCCCCGCCGCUCGCUCUCGCGCGGGCUGUCCUGCUCCAGCAGAGGGGCCUGGCGCUGCAGGAGAAGGUCAGUGGGAGGGCCGGGCGGAGCCGCAGACGUCGUGCGAUUUCGAAGGCGGAGCUCGUACGCUGCCCUUUUCCUGUCCCGCCCCUCCCGGUCGCGCGCCGGGAGAUACAGGUGUGUCUGGCGCGGCGCACUGCGCCGCAGACUCGCAGGGCAGAGGCCACGAGGGCAGGCGGAUGGCGGCGAACACUGGAAGCCCGCGCGGUCGUAUGCGGGGGGUAGGAGCCGACGGGGACGUGAGGGGACCGGCCGAAGGGAGCUCGUGUUUGUCUCCGCGUGCGCACCCUGGCUCCGGGGCCUCUGCAGGCGACGGCCGUUAUCCUGCGCAUCCGACCGCACAUUCGGCUCCGGACUACGGCGCGUCGGCGCCUCAGUAUCCGCAAGAAGCCUUUGUUGUGUCUGUCCAUCCCUCUGCUUCCAACAUGCCCUUCUCGUUUGGGUCUUUCGUGUCAAACGGUGUUUCUCCACUCCCGGGGGGUGGCGCGUCAAUGUACGAGGCAGAGCGAGGACGCAGAGGACCCGGCGCAGCUCCUGGGUGGAUCCCGUUCUCGAUGUCUCCUCCCAUGGCGCCGCCACGCCAGUCCUUCAUCUCGCCAACGCUGCCUUCGGGCGCAGGGGGGGCCGCCCCCCCCUCGGCGCAGGUGCGGGGCCCCUGCCCCGGGGUUCCGCACCAAAAUCGGCCCCCGUCACAGUCUGGGGGCGCGGGCGCGCCUCCAGGGUCGAUCGGCUGGGGCCCUCAAACCUCCCAAGUCGAAUUUUUCUUGUUGCCUCGUGGGCCGGCUGACCUACCCUCCCCGAUGUGUGGAGUUCUUGACGGGGGAAGCGUCGCAUGCGGUUUCAGCGACCGCAGCCAGUCGGGAUCUCCUGAGGGGGGCCCCCAUCCCAGCCUGCCUACCCCGUUCUCGAAUCCGCCGAUGCAGUACUCCCCUGCGGAGGUCAGCGGACCCGAGGCCGCAGGCGAGGGAGGCAUAGCGCACCGCACGCGGUCGCUAGCUUCGUCGCCAGAGAGAAGUCGUCAACGUGGAGAGUCUUGCCCCCUUUCUUCUCUGUACUGCAGCCCAUUCUCUCGACGCGAGGGUCGUCCUGACCGGGAACUGCCCUCCGCCGACUUCGAGAGGAGCCUCUGCGCAGCGCGCGCGGCGCCCCCCGCCUCGGCGCGCGCGGACCUCGGCCCGACGCUCUCCUUCGGGAGGACAGAGACCUCCGGCACUGCCGGGGAUACCGGCUUUCUCGCGAGGGGAGAGAGCCACGAGGCUGUCGGCGACCCGAGGGGGGAAGGCGGCGAAGCACUGGACAGGGAGGUUGUGGGUUUGAGGCGCGCGCUGGGGGAGCGAGAUGAGCCGCUACUCGGCUCCGGGCGGCAGCCCUGCUUUCGACAGGACAUUUCUGUUGAGGACUCGCAGAGUGACGGCCUCGCCACGCCACGUCCUUUUACAGGGCGAACCGGCGCGACUGAGGAUGAUCGCGGCGAGCAGGACGGCGCCGAGCCGCCGACCUGGGGGGCCGAAGCCACUCUGGAGGAGACAGAGGCCUCGUCGUCUUCGUCUCUGUUCCGCCACGGGCUGCGAGGUGACACCGGCGCGGCCGGAGGCUGCGGCGAGGACAGCAGCGGCGAGGACGCGGGUCAGGAGGUCUGCCACGUGGAGGCGCGUGAGGCCGAGAGCGAGGACGGCAGCGGCACGGAUGCGGCGGCCAGCGCGGCGGGGGCCGCCGCGGUCGCGUCCGCGCCCUCGUGGUGUCUCACGUGGAACGGCGAAGGCGCGCAGGAGGUCGUGGAGCUGUACGAAGUCGAGAGAAUCGUGGGGGUGAGGCGUUUGGUGGAUGGAAGCAAGAGGUACAAGGUCAGGUGGAAAGACUACCUGCCAGCAGACGAUACUUGGGAGCCACACGAGCACCUCGAGGGCCUCGAGGAGCUUCUGCAGGAAGCCGAAGACGUCCUGGGCCGGGAAGAGUUCCAUGGCUGGGGUCACGCGACCCCCGACGACUCGCGGGCCGCCGACAGCGCUCGGGCAGAGGCAGCGUUCAGAGAAGGAGACAGCGCAAGCGGUGAGUGGCUGGCGCAUGCAGCGGGUGACGCCCGUGGAGCGGAGGUCGAGGACGAAGGAGAAGCAGAGGAGAUGGAACGCGAGCUGAAUGACGAGGACGGAGAAGACACGCCGCUCGGGCUGGAAGAAGAGAUAGAGAGAGAGAGAACCGCGGAGUACGAAGCCGACGACGCAGGGCAUGAUCAUGAAGUUGCGGCAGGCGACGAGCGAGAGGAGAACGAUGGAGGAGGUGACGACAACUGGAAUGAAGAAAACGACGGUCUUCACGAAGACGGUGACAGUGCUGAGGAAGGUGGCGCCGAGGGUUCAGGGCUCGGCCUCUCUGUGUCCUCGCCCGAUCGCCGCACCGCGCCUUGUGAAGCUCGCCUCGCUCCGGACUGCCUCCUAUCCGCCUUUCGCGGGUCGCCUUCCGGCGCGUCUAUGGAGCCUGAAUUGGAGGCCUCGUCUCCAGGCAGCAGCGCGACGCGUAGACAGGGGCUGGCGCGCGCGCCCUCCUCGCCGUCUUCUAGCUCCUGUUGCCCAACACACGCCGCUUCGCCUUGCGCAUCUUCUGCGCCGCCGCGCACGCGCCCGCCACUGCGCGUCGUUCACAGAGUCGUCCAGUACAGGAGCUGCUACGGGCAAGGCGAAUACCGCCUGCUGUGGAGGGGGAGCAGCGCAGACGCCGUUGAGUGGGCGCCCGAGUGCCUCCUGCUUCAGCUACCGCCGGAGGCCCUCAGCCCCGAUGUGCGCAUGCAAAUGGUUCGCGUCAAGGAGCGGUGGAGGGCGCGUCAGGCGAGCAUGAACGGCAGGGCCAUGCUCUCCAGUUGGCUGGGGUUUGUGUAG